CAGAGACCAGGCUGUCCGGAGGCAGGAGUCCGGCAGAGGACGGCAAAGAAAUCCUCUGACUCGGACAGGCAGAGAGAGACUGAGGCCGACCCUUUCCAACGGGCUCUAGACCUCAGCUCUGUGGGGCACAGUGGGACGCAGGCGACCCAGACAAGGGGUGCUGGCUCGUGCAAGGUUCAGCGGACGCCAGGGGUCUCUGAAAUGGAGCUCAGGGAGCCCGAGAACCAUGAGGAUGGGGACCCAGAGGAGGACACAGCUACAGCCCUCCAACGGCUCGUGGAGCUGACAGCCACCAGGGUGACCCCAGUGAGGAAUCUACGUGUCCCGUACCGCCUCAUCCGAGAGCUCGGCUCUGGCUCCUAUGGCCGCGUACUCCUUGCCCGGCCUCGCCAAGGAGGACCUGCUGUGGCCCUGAAGGUACUUCGUCGGGAUUCGGUCCUGAGGACCACCUUCCUGAGAGAGUUCUGUGUGGGCCGCUGUGUCUCUUCACACCCAGGCUUACUGCAGACUCUGGCAGGACCCCUGCAAAGCCCCCGACACUUCGUCUUCGCCCAGGAGUACGCGCCAUAUGGGGACCUCAGCGGGAUGCUGAAGGAACGGGGCCUCCCAGAGCUGCUGGUGAAGCGGGUGAUGGCCCAGCUGGCUGGAGCCCUGGACUUCCUCCAUGGCCGGGGGCUCGUCCAUGCGGAUGUCAAACCAGACAACGUGCUGGUCUUUGACCCUGUCUGCAGCCGUGUGGCCCUAGGUGACUUGGGUCUGACCCGGCCCGAGGGCAGUCCAACCCCUGCCCCACCAGGGCCACUACCCUCUGCCCCACCCGAGCUCUGCCUCCUGCUGCCACCUGAGACCCUGCCCCUGCGACCAGCUUUGGAUUCCUGGGGCCUGGGGGUGCUUCUCUUCUGCACUGCCACCGCCUGCUUCCCUUGGGAUGUGGCACUGGCCCCGGACCCCGAGUUUGAGACCUUUGCUGGUUGGAUGACCACCAGGCCCCAACCCCCUCGGCCACCCCCUCCUUGGGACCAGUUUGCUCCCCCAGCUCUGGCAUUGCUCCAGGGGCUCCUAGACCUGGAUCCUGACACUAGGAGCCCCCCACUGGUUGUCCUGGACUUCUUGGGGGACGACUGGGGGCUAGAGAGGAACAGAGAGGGACCUGGGGGCUUGGGGGACAUGUCUAGUGAAGAUGGGGAGGAGGAGGAAGAGGGGGGAGCAAGCCUGGAGGAGUGGACAGAUGAGGAGGAGGAAGAGGACAAAGAUGGCAGGAGGAUGGGGACAGAUGGGGGAGCUCCCUGACCAGGUGACUGAGACAGGUGGUCAGAGCCUGGGCCAAUGGCCCCU